AUGUGUCAGGCAGUCCCAGAGAACGGCAACACGAACACGCCCCAGAAUCAGAGCCAGAGCCAGAGCCAGAGCCAGAGCCAGAGCUGCUGCACGCCAUCUUCGGCCACGGGAUCGACGCAGGGUCCUAAUCCUGCCAAUCUGCCUCAAUACCACGUCGAGACGUUCCCCAUCCCCGCUCCCCUCUCCGAAUAUGACUUGGAUCAUCGUCGGACUAUCACCAUUGAGUCCCAGCAGCGACUGUGGCCCCAGGACAUCUGGGUUCACAGUCCGCAUGGUCGACAGCUGUACCAGCCUGUGCUGAUGUUUGAGACGAGAGUCCCGGAGGAAAAGCCCGAGACCAACGGAAGUGCUUCCAAGAGCGGUUAA